GUCUUGGAAAUCGUUUUGCAAGGUAUCUUGACGACAAAGGGUUUACGAUUUUUGCUGGGUGUUUGAACAAAAAUAGUGCAGGAGCCAAGAGUUUGAUUACGGAAUGUUCAUCUAGAUUACAAGUUGUAGAAGUAAAUACAACGAAAGAAGACAGUAUUGCUACAGCUUUCCAGUUCGUAAAAAAUCAUCUUCCAAUCAAAGGCUUAUGGGGAGUGAUUAAUAACGCCGGAAUGGACAUGCUCGGAGAUGUAGAGCUCACUCCAGUCGCGUUGUAUGAAAAGGGAUUUGAACUCAAUAUGUACGGAUAUAUUCGAGUGGUGAAAACAUUUUUACCGCUGAUACGACAGGUCAAAGGACGAGUCAUUAAUGUGUCAAGCGUUAGAGGAAGAAUUGUUGAGCCAAACCAGUCAAAUUACAGCACUGCUAAACAUGCAAUAGAGACAUUAUCUGACUCACUACGACUGGAAAUGAUCAAGUUUGGAGUUAAAGUCAGUAUAAUUGAACCAGGCAACUUUGGGAACGCCACAGCGAUAGGAUCUAAAGCAGUGAUAAAGCGAAAUAACCAAGAAGUCGACGAGAUGUGGGAAUCUGCAAGGGAUGAAGUUAAACAAUCGUAUUCAAAGGAGUUCCUGCAAUCCUGGAUAAACCCUCCAGUAGGAGGAUGGCCACCAAAAGCUGAUUCAACCGCUGUUGCGAAAAAGGUUGCGCAUGCGCUUUGCAGUGCUUACCCAAAACAUAGAUAUCUCAUUCAGGGGAAGGGAUCAAUAGUACCUUUCGUGGACGAAUUUGUUGCAUUGUCACUUGUACAUAAUAUGCUACCAACGUGGAUUGUCAACGCAUAUAUGUCUUGGUGGAAAAAGAAAUUAGUUCGAAGCUCGGCGCUGUAGCUAAUGUUUUGGACUGUGUUGAAAAAAUCUUACUGACGACCUUGCUAAAAUCCGGUUCUGAGGAAUAAACAAUUAAAAUGAAAUUUUUCUUUAUUAGAUUUGUAAACAAGAUUAUUCGAUCAAUUGGACAAUAAUUAUGUCGGUAAACACUGGCAUUAUCUGUAAAUGUUUUAAUUUUAUUGUUCGGUUUGGAAACUGCAGGUACAGCGAAUAUUUUGAAUAUUUGUAACAUAUGUGUGGUCUUAUUACAUUCUAUGAGAUGUCUUUUUUAGUGUUUUGUAUAACGUACAGCAGUUAACAGACAGCAUGAAUAUAUGUAUAGUGAA